GGUAACAUCGGUCAAUAAUCUUUGGUUUCUUAAAUUAGUUAAUUUCAUGUUUGGGUGGUUUCAUAAAUACAAUAAUUCAUUUUAAAUUAGAUUUUCACUGAGAUACAAAUAAUAAUGACAACCGGAAUCACUGCAGAUGGAAUCAUAAUUUCAUUUUUUACAAUUCUCGUUAUCUAUGCAUGAGGUUAGGAAGACUGAAAACUUCAAUUUUUUUUCUGUUUCAAAGUAGGAUGCACAUGAAAAUUUCUAUUUUUUGUUUGUUUUUACUCAUUUGCAGUAUGAAAGCGUUGAACACUUUCAAUUUGGAGGAAUGCAUCAAAAAGACUGGUGUGAAAGUCACUCCGAAUACUUUGAAACAACUUCAUGAUGCAAACAAGGGGGGAAAUUUCGACAUCAAUUCUAUUCCUGAUGAGAUGCUGUGCCUUCCGAAAUGUGUGCUCGAAAAAAAAGGGAUAAUAGACUCAGUAUCUGGGAAAAUAUCCAUGAAUAAAAUGAAGAAUGAUUCAUUGUUGGAACGUAUACCUAAUAAAAAAACUUUCCUGGAAUGCAUGGAGAAAAUUGAAGCGGUGUCUGAAUGCGAAGAUAUCAAGAAAAUAUUGGAAUGCAGAGUCAUGAGUCAAAAUUGAUUAAAGA